GAGCUGGACUGCAUCCGCCGCGGCGUCUCCAUGGCACGACCCUGGCCUCCGACUUCAACGACUUCAUAAGGAGGCGGUUCUGGGCGCAGCCGUGUCGCUCCUGGACAGUUGCUGUGCGACUUGGACAGUAGAGGAACGCCUCCCAAGUUUUCAUCCAACUGCCACCCCCAAAGCUUCCACCCUCCUCCCCUCAGAGAGGACGUUUGGUGCCUGGCCCCUGAGAUUCUCAUUGACACGCCCCUCUGGGUCCCCCUGAGCAGAGCCUGCUGACCCAAUAGCCCACUCUUGCGGCUUUGAUGCCUAGCCAUGUCUGCCUCAUCCUCAGGCGGCUCCCCCAGGUUUCCAUCGUGUGGGAAGAACGGAGUCACGAGUCUCACGCAGAAAAAAGGUCUUGAGAACACCUUGUGGCGUACCCAGCGUAACUCUGACGUCGAGAUUCCUGUGUAGAAGAAUCUACCUGCUUUCCAGCUGUGCAACACUCCAUCCAAGGAGGAGCUAAGCAUUCCAGCAGGCUUGGAAGUGCAGUCAGCUCUAGGAUCCUGGGCCUGGCUUUGGGCUCUUUUGCAGAGCUGAAGUGAACCAUGAAGGACCGCUCUUCAACUCCCCCCUUACAUGUUCACGUGGAUGAGAACACCCCUGUCCACGUCCACAUAAAAAAACUCUCGAAACCAUCAGCGACCAGCAGCCAGAAAUCUCACAAGCGAGGAAUGAAAGGGGACACCGUGAAUGUGCGGCGGAGUGUCCGGGUCAAAACCAAGACUCCACCUCACUGCUUGGAGAUUACACCUCCAUCUUCAGAAAAGCUGGUCUCGGUGAUGCGAUUAAGUGACCUCUCUACAGAAGAUGACGACUCGGCUCACUGUAAAAUGAACUGCUACGAUAAGAAGAUUGACAGUCUAAUGAACGCGGUUGGUUGUCUCAAGUCUGAGGUCAAGAUGCAGAAGGGGGAGCGCCAGAUGGCCAAGAGGUUCCUGGAGGAGCGGAAGGAGGAGCUGGAAGAGGUGGCCCACGAACUAGCCGAGACGGAGCACGAGAACACAGUGCUUAGGCACAACAUUGAGCGCAUCAAGGAGGAGAAGGAUUUUACCAUGCUUCAGAAGAAACACCUGCAGCAGGAGAAGGAGUGCCUUAUGUCCAAGCUGGUGGAGGCUGAAAUGGAUGGGGCUGCAGCUGCCAAGCAAGUCAUGGCCUUGAAGGACACCAUCGGGAAGCUGAAAACAGAGAAACAAAUGACCUGCACGGACAUCAACACCCUAACGAGGCAGAAGGAACUUCUCCUGCAGAAGCUGAGCACAUUUGAGGAGACUAACCGCACCCUCCGAGACCUGCUGAGGGAACAGCACUGCAAAGAGGAUUCCGAAAGACUAAUGGAGCAACAAGGAGCCCUGCUGAAACGGCUGGCGGAGGCCGACUCAGAGAAAGCGCGCCUGCUGUUACUGCUGCAAGACAAGGACAAGGAGGUGGAAGAGCUCCUCCAGGAGAUACAGUGUGAGAAGGCUCAAGCAAAGACCGCAUCUGAACUUUCUAAGUCUAUGGAGUCCAUGCGUGGGCAUUUGCAGGCUCAGCUUCGGUGCAAAGAGGCUGAGAAUAGUCGCCUGUGCAUGCAGAUCAAGAACCUGGAACGAAGUGGAAACCAGCACAAGGCAGAAGUGGAGGCCAUCAUGGAACAGCUGAAGGAACUGAAGCAGAAGGGAGACCGAGACAAAGAGUCCUUGAAGAAGGCCAUCCGCGCCCAGAAGGAGCGAGCCGAGAAGAGUGAGGAGUAUGCCGAGCAGCUGCAUGCGCAACUUGCUGACAAGGAUCUUUAUGUUGCUGAAGCUUUGUCUACUCUGGAGUCAUGGAGGAGUCGCUACAACCAAGUUGUAAAAGACAAGGGAGAUCUCGAGCUGGAGAUUAUUGUCCUGAACGACCGAGUGACAGAUCUUGUCAACCAACAACAAACUUUGGAGGAGAAGAUGCGGGAAGACCGGGACAGCCUGGUGGAGAGGCUUCACCGCCAGACUGCUGAGUAUUCCGCGUUCAAGCUAGAGAAUGAGAGGCUAAAGGCUAGCUUCGCCCCCAUGGAGGACAAGCUCAACCAGGCACACCUCGAGGUCCAGCAGCUGAAGGCGUCAGUGAAGAACUAUGAGGGCAUGAUCGACAACUAUAAGAGUCAGGUGAUGAAGACCAGAUUGGAGGCUGAUGAAGUGGCCGCCCAGCUAGAACGUUGUGAUAAAGAGAACAAGAUCCUGAAGGAUGAGAUGAACAAAGAGAUCGAGGCGGCACGGCGGCAGUUCCAGUCCCAGCUGGCUGACCUGCAGCAGCUCCCAGACAUCCUCAAGAUCACAGAGGCGAAGCUGGCUGAAUGCCAGGACCAGCUGCAGGGCUAUGAGAGGAAGAAUAUCGACCUCACGGCCAUCAUCUCAGACCUGCGCAGCCGGAUCGAACACCAGGGGGACAAGCUGGAGAUGGCGAGAGAGAAACAUCAGGCCUCCCAGAAGGAAAAUAAACAGCUGAGUCUGAAGGUGGAUGAACUGGAGAGGAAACUGGAGGCAACCAGUGCCCAGAAUAUCGAGUUCCUACAGGUGAUUGCCAAGCGGGAGGAGGCAAUCCACCAGUCCCAGCUGCGGCUAGAGGAGAAGACUCGGGAAUGUGGGGCCCUGGCUCGGCAGUUGGAGAGUGCCAUUGAAGAUACCAGGAGGCAGGUGGAACAGACCAAGGAGCACGCGGUCUCCAAGGAGCGAGCGGCCCAGAGCAAAAUCCUGGAUCUUGAGACUCAGCUAAGCAGAACUAAAACUGAACUUAGCCAACUGCGGCGGAGCCGGGAUGAUGCUGACCGUCGCUACCACAGCCGGCUGCAGGACCUGAAGGACCGCCUGGAGCAAUCGGAGAGCACCAACCGCAGCAUGCAGAACUACGUCCAGUUCCUCAAGUCGUCCUAUGCCAACGUGUUUGGGGACGGGCCUUUCACCAACUUUCUGACCAGCUCUCCCAUCCGCUCUCGCUCUCCUCCUGCCUAAGGCCACUUGUCUAGGGCCUGGAGCCCUGAUUGAUGCCAUGGGAACCAAGGAGUUGCCAAGCUGUGGCUGGAGAGCCUACUGGUUUUCCUCUCUCUUCCAGGGGUGAAGUGUGUUCAGGGUCUUGUCCUUAGCAGCUACAGCUUACCAGAACAGUCCGUCAGCAGCGGUAGAAGCAGGAAGCACUUGGUUCUCUGUUUCCUGAUGGAACCACCUAAUGGAAGUCCUUCAGAUUACCUUGACAGGCCUUAAAUUUACUGCUGCACUCGGGUACCAGCUUUUGACUUUCCAUGAUUUUGCUCCUUCCUUUCCCAGGAGGACAUUUGGACUGGACUUCUUCCACCCUUAAAGCCCUCACCUUUUCUGGGAGUCUCUCUCUGGGCUUCCUCUGCCUGGACCAGCAGGACCACCUCCUGGGCUGUGAGCAUCGUCACUUGCUUUUUUUCUGAUUUCACAGGUGCUGUUUUCCCAAGCUCAGUGCAAAUCUCUCCCGCCUCAGUUUCCUCAAGGCCACUUGCCCCCAAACACUUCCCAAUAGAUCCUUAAGGGCUUGUGUCUAGUUUGGCCCUUAUCGAGUCUAAUCCCAGUGGCACUGAUUUUUGUUUCUCCCUGGUUUGGAUCUCUAGAAUGCAUUUAUUCUUGAAAUAUUUGUGUGGUUUUACAAAAAGCUUUUAUAAUCUGUUA